AGGACAAAAGGUCAAACUGUGAUUUCUGAAAACAAGCAAUGGCAGAGAGUGCAGUGGUAGAAGAGCUGAAAUGUUCCAUUUGCUUGGACAGCUUCAAGAAGCCCAAAGUGUUGCCGUGCUGUCACAGCUUCUGUCUCCAUUGUCUGGAGGGAGCUCACAAGAAGACCGAAGACAAGAAAAGCCUAAUCUGCCCUCAGUGCAAAGCUCAACAUCAGGUUCCUAUCAAUGGUCCCCUUGGUUUCCCCGAUGAUUACACUCUUGCUAAUCAGAAACAAGCUACUACAACCACACCAGUUUGUGAGCAAUGUGACGAUAGCAACAAACCAGUGGCGUACUGCCACACCUGCUCAGACUACCUGUGUGAAGAGUGCUUGAAAGCUCAUAAAAGACUUAAGGCUGUUCGAGAUCACAAGACAGUCAAUAUCACUCCUGGAAAGGAUAUCAAGCCCCAGUCAAAGAAGAGCUAUUUGUGCAGUGUUCAUCCCGACAAACUGCUAGAGCUUUACUGCAAGAGUUGUAAGAGCUUGGCCUGCCUCCUGUGCUUUGUGGGACUACACAACGGCCAUGACAUUGGAAGCAUCGAUAGCAAAGCAAGACAAGAAGUGGAACAAAGUAUCAACAAUCUAAUGAAGGCAACGAACUCAAACUUAAAAGAAUUCAAUGACAGCUUUAAAUACGUUUCUGCCAUUGAAAAGGAAAAAACAGAAGCUCCGAUUUCACUCAAAGCUCAAGUUGAUAAGAAGGUUGAUUUUCUCAUCCAACAACUUGAAGCAAGGCGUAAAGAACUACACAAGAAGAUUGACGAUGCUUGUACGAAAGACCUCAAAGAAUUGUGGGCACAGAAAGAAUACCACGAGACAGCCAUUACAAGCAUGGAGGGUGCUCUGAGCUUUGCCAGAAGAGCUCUAGCCUGCAAGGAAGACACGGAACUACUGGCCCUCUGUGCACAAGUCACCUCCAGACUAAAAGAGCUGAGUCAGCUAACAUGGGAUAGUCAAGACACUGAGAAAAUCGAAAUGACAAUUGUCGAAUUCAAACAGCCUCAGAGAAAGGAAACAGAAACGGCAGUUGGGGAGAUACAUGUACAAACUUCUACGCCAGAUAUACAAAUUAUUACUACAGAGCUACAAAAUUUUGUUCCGUUUUCUUAUGGUUGUAGUGUUUCAUUUCAAGUGACGGCAGUAGUGAAUUAUAAAUGGAAAUGGAAACCUCCUAAACUAACUGCUUCAGCAACUUACACACAAGGCAGCUUAUGUGAUAAUUGUACUACUGAGGAAAACGCUACAGCAAACAAAUGGACAGUCAAGUUUACUCCUGUAGUACCAAGUAUUUACACGAUUACACUUCAAGUCAAUGGGAAAUAUGGAGGCACAGGCCUUCACAAAACUUCUCAGUAUAUCAUCGACGCAUAUCGUCAACAUAGGCGGCGCGCCAGACGACAAAUACCAGAUAAUCAGUGGAAUUAGAAAUGCAUUAAUCACACCGUAAAACUAUUUGUUUUCUAAUUACAUGUACAUCUGCAAUGUAUUGUACACAUUACAAACAUACAAGCAUGUUUUCUUAAUGUUGCUUAUGGAAAACUGUGCACAUACAC